AUGUCAGCUAGUAAUUUUUCUAAAAAUUUUUAUCUGCUUGGACAUGAACGCAAAUGUCUAUCUCAACGGAAACUUCCCAAUAUCCAGGAAGUACUAAGUUUUUUGAUGUAUAAUUAUAAAUCUUUAGGCAAAUCACUUCAUAAUAGCAUAAAAAUUGUUAUUGAUGAAGUAAAUGCUAUUUGGAGUAAAACUAAGAUUCCUGUAAUGAAGAAUCCAAAUAGUGCUGAGAAAUUGAAAAACCUUUAUCAAAAGUGGAUUAAAAUAAAAAAGAACCGUACACAUACGAAAUCAAUUAGCCAAAAAAAAAAAAGAAGAAAAUUUCAAGGUUUGUUCGAAAAAGUUAUUUGA